CCGAGCCGGAGGGAGAGAUUCGCGCUCCUCCACCCUUCUCCAUCCCCCUUCUCUCUUCGAUCUCUCCUUUCCGUUUGGGAAAAAAAGGGGGGAUGGGAAGGCCUCGUUCCCCGAACCCUAGCUGUUCUUCUCCAACGGCAAUUGAUUGAAAGCUGAUCUAGAUUUCGGAGUCGCGUAAAGGUUCCUUCUGGACCCAUUAGAUCUGGUACGGGAGCUGCGGAAAAGGCCGGAUCUUCUCCAAGGGUGUGGGAAUAGCGCGGUAUUAGCAGGAUCUUGGUGCUCGAUCUGGUGUCGGUUUCGCUGGAUUUGAUGGUUCCAGAGAUUUUCUUGAAUUUGAUCUCGCUAGAGGAUGUAGCUUAGUCACCGUGAUUUGAGAAUAAUUGUUCUCGGUGAGGGAAACAUCAGAUAAGAAGCUGUUGACAAUGAAGAAAAAGGACUUUCUUUUGGUAGGAUGCUGUUACCAAAUUCUAAUUGCAGCUUGGAUGGGAUGGUCAUCUGGCUGAUUUGUUUUGGUCAGGGAAACUUCCUCUGGAUUGCUGAUUUGGUUCAAUGUCUAGAGUCAUCAGGGUGCUCGCUUUCUUCCUUCAUGUUCAUGGUUUUCAGGGUUAUUUAUGAUUUUCAGCCAACCUUGCUCAUUUCAUCUUCUCGAGCUGCAGAUUCAACACCAGUGCUGCCUUCUUUCUCAUUCUGUCUCUUGACGCAGUCUCUGCUUGUCCCCGCUUCCUUCUCUUCUUCCACUUUCAAGGACAAACAAAGUCAUUAUCUGAACUUAGUGGAUAAAGGAGAAGCCUUCUUUCUGUGUGGCUAAGGAUUUUCUCAGCGGCGUAUCUGGCAUUUUGGUUUUACCACUAACACAAACCGGACUCAAUCGGCAGAGUCUACAUUUUCCAGCAGUUUCUGCUGGAAUGCCCUCAACAAGAAGAAAGACAACUGGCUUCUUGGUGUACAAUGGAACGUCAGGGCUACCCAUCAUCCCUUGAAAUUUCUGUGACUUCUGCCGGCCAAGAGAAAUUGAACAAAUCUCAGCGGGUCCGCCACAAGAGUGUGCAGUUUGAAGACCUAUUUUCAUCUGAGGACAGUCCAAGAGUGAUACACAUUAAUGAUCCAAGGAGGACAAAUGAAAAAUAUGAGUUCACAGGAAAUGAGAUUCGCACCAGCAAAUAUACUUUAAUCACCUUCCUGCCCAAAAACCUAUUCAUCCAAUUCCACCGACUAGCUUAUUUGUAUUUUCUAGCAAUUGCUGCUCUGAAUCAGCUUCCUCCUCUGGCUGUCUUUGGGAGAACAGUCUCUCUCUUUCCGCUUCUGUUUGUGCUGUUUGUGACUGCUAUCAAGGAUGGCUAUGAAGACUGGCGAAGGCACAGGUCCGAUCGGAAAGAGAACAACCGAGAGGCACUGGUUCUACAAUCUGGUCAUUUUCGAAGAAAGAAAUGGAAAAAAAUACGAGUUGGAGAGGUUGUAAAAAUUCAUGGUGAUGAAGCCAUUCCUUGUGACAUGGUUUUGUUAGGGAGUAGUGAUCCAAAUGGAAUAGCAUAUAUUCAGACAAUGAAUUUAGAUGGUGAGUCGAACUUAAAGACAAGAUAUGCUCGGCAGGAAAUUGCUUCAAUGGUUCAGGAAGGGGGCUCAUAUUCAGGGCAGAUCAGAUGUGAGCGGCCCAAUAGGAAUAUUUAUGAAUUUACUGCAAAUAUGGAAUUCAACGGACAGAAGAUUACACUUGGUCAGUCAAACAUCAUUUUGCGUGGCUGCCAGCUUAAGAACACAGACUGGAUUGUUGGGGUUGUGGUGUAUGCUGGUCAGGAAACCAAGGCCAUGUUGAACAGCACAGUGUCACCUUCCAAAAGGAGUAGACUGGAGAGUUACAUGAACAGGGAAACGUUUUGGCUCUCUGUAUUUCUCUCUGUCAUGUGCGCUGUUGUGGCAACUGGGAUGGGCUUGUGGCUCAAACGUCACAUGCAUCAGCUUGAUACUUUACCUUAUUACAGGCGGAAAUACUUCACAAAUGGUCAAGCAAAUGGAAAAUAUUACAAAUAUUAUGGGAUUGCGAUGGAGAUAUUUUUCUCAUUUUUGAGUUCUAUCAUAGUCUUCCAAAUAAUGAUACCUAUAUCCUUAUACAUCACAAUGGAACUGGUCCGGUUGGGGCAGUCAUACUUCAUGAUUGAGGACAUGCAGAUGUAUGAUAGUAGUUCAGACUCAAGGUUCCAGUGCAGAUCGUUCAAUAUAAAUGAGGAUUUGGGUCAAAUACGAUACAUAUUUUCAGAUAAGACAGGUACGUUAACUGAGAAUAAGAUGGAGUUCCGCAGGGCCAGUUUAUAUGGGAAGGAUUAUGGAAGCUCCACCCAUGCAGGAGCCCAAGGACACAGGUGGAAACUCAAGUCAGAAAUCAAUGUUGAUCCUGAACUUAUGGCAUUAUUGCACAAAGACUUGGUUGGAGAGGAAAGGAUUGCUGCUCAUGAUUUUUUUCUUACUUUGGCAGCUUGUAAUACUGUCGUUCCAAUCACUACUAGGGACUCAUCUGCUAGUUCUGCCAACGAAGUACAUGAGGUAGAAGCAAUUGAUUAUCAGGGUGAGUCUCCCGAUGAGCAAGCUUUAGUCAAUGCAGCUUCUGCUUAUGGAUAUACGCUUGUCGAACGGACUACUGGCCACAUUGUCAUUGAUGUCAAUGGCGAGAGGAUAAGGUUAGAUGUACUCGGUCUGCACGAAUUUGAUAGCAUGCGGAAAAGAAUGUCUGUGGUGAUAAGAUUUCCUAACAAUGCUGUGAAAGUUCUUGUUAAAGGUGCUGAUAGUUCAGUGCUCAGUAUUUUGAAAAACAAUCAGCAUCGAGAUUCGUUGGCUGACAAAAUAAAAAGUGCAACAGAGAAUCAUUUGACCAGUUAUUCAUCACAGGGUCUUCGCACUCUCGUAAUCGCUGCCCGGAAUCUAACUGAUGCAGAAUUUGAGGAAUGGCAGGAAAUGUAUGAAGAAGCUAGCACUUCAUUAAUGGAGAGAUCAGCAAAACUCCGGCAGGCAGCAGCUCUAAUCGAGUGCAAUUUAAAGCUACUUGGGGCUACUGGGAUAGAAGACAAAUUGCAAGAUGGUGUGCCUGAAGCCAUAGAAUCCCUCCGGCAAGCAGGAAUCAAGGUUUGGGUUCUCACAGGAGAUAAGCAAGAGACUGCAAUUUCGAUAGGUCUGUCAUGCAGACUUCUGACACAAAAUAUGCACCAGGUGAUCAUAAAUGGUACUUCGGAGCUUGAUUGCAAGCGCCUUUUGACUGAGGCAAAAGAGAGAUAUGGCAUAAAAUCAGCAAAUAAUGGAAAUGAAUUCUUGAAGGAGAAUUUUGAUUAUGAAUUUCUUGAUACUUCUUGUGACACGAGGAAUUCUAAUGUAUUAAUACCUGAAAAUGGAUCACGAACUCUUAGAUAUGCUGGAGAUUCCCGUGACAUGUCAGAAUUCUGUGGAGAGAAAAGGUCAGAUCUGGAUGAUACUCCAUUAGCACUAAUAAUUGAUGGGAACAGUCUGGUGUACAUAUUAGAGAAAGACCUUGAGACAGAGUUGUUCGAUUUGGCUACUUCUUGUAGAGUUGUGCUUUGCUGUCGUGUUGCUCCUCUUCAAAAAGCUGGAAUAGUUGAUUUGAUCAAAAGCAGGACAAAUGACAUGACUCUGGCUAUUGGUGAUGGGGCAAAUGAUGUUUCAAUGAUUCAAAUGGCGGAUGUUGGUAUUGGGAUAUGUGGUCAGGAAGGUCGCCAGGCAGUGAUGGCAUCAGACUUUGCCAUGGGGCAAUUCCGUUUUUUGAAAAGAUUGCUCCUUGUACACGGACACUGGAAUUAUCAGCGUAUUGGCUAUUUGGUUUUGUACAACUUUUACAAGAAUGCUGUAUUCGUACUAAUGCUGUUCUGGUAUAUUUUAUGCACAGCGUUUUCCACAACUUCUGCUUUGACAGAUUGGAGUAGUGUCUUUUACUCUGUCAUCUAUACAUCUGUCCCUACAAUAGUGGUUGGUAUUCUGGACAAGGACUUGAGUCAUAAGACGCUCCUCCAUUAUCCAAAACUUUAUGGAGCAGGGCAUAGACAAGAGAGCUAUAAUUUGCACAUUUUCUGGAUCACAAUGCUUGAUACCUUGUGGCAAAGUCUCGUUCUUUUCUAUGUACCUCUCUUCACCUACAGGAACAGUUCAGUUGACAUAUGGAGUAUAGGCAAUUUGUGGACUAUCUCUGUCGUUGUACUCGUGAAUGUUCACCUGGCAAUGGACAUCCAACGUUGGGUAUUCAUUACUCAUGUUGCUGUUUGGGGAUCUAUAAUCAUCACAUAUAUGUGCAUGGUGAUAUUAGAUUCCAUACCAAUUUUCCCCAACUACUGGACGAUAUACCAUCUAGCCAUUUCAAGGACUUACUGGCUCACUAUUUUACUUAUAACAAUUUUGGCAUUGCUUCCUCGCUUUUUUUGCAAAGUGAUCCAGCAGACAUUUUGGCCUUCUGACAUUCAAAUAGCUAGAGAAGCUGAAAUAUUAAGAAAGCUGCCCAACCAAGGGUUGAAGCCUGAUUGUGAUAUCAGUUGACAAGCAUGGCUAUCUUGUCAAGAAUCUUGUUUAUGUGUGGUCAGGCUUAAAUCAGGAAACAAAAUGGCUUCCUCUAUGGAGCUUCUUUCUGGAAGCUUCUUGAUCUCAUGUGGAUGUGUCCACCAGGCAGGACAAAAGAGGGAUACAUGUAGCUGUCGUUGAAACUUGGAAGGGAACAAUCCGCAGUAGAAAGGGAACUCAAAUCUUGAGACACUGAGGCCUCCAGGUACACUGACAAGACAUGAAGUUCUGAAAAUGCUUAGAAGGCUGAUUACAGGAUGUUCCAAUGUUGUUUAUAGAUGAAGGACAAAAUGAUGUCACAGAUAUCUCAUUUGGGUUGGUAAGGAAGUAGGCGGUAACUGAGUACACAAUUGUGAGAAAAUUACACGUAUUUUCCCUUUUCACUCUCCUCCACACUUCUUCUUUUGUAUAAUUGAGAAAUUAUAUUUUAUUUGAUAAUUGAGGUUUAACUAUGGCAGCACCACAAUUUUCGUGGGACUUCAUGUUCAUACAAGAUUUGCACUUUAUGUGGAUUUCAUCAAAUGGCAUCGCUUUAAAUAUGCUUGCUUU